UCCGCCUGACGAGUCCUUCCCGCACCGGGAAGAAGCGGGGAAAAGGAAAAGAGAAACGUUCUCCCGCCGAAGGGUUUAAGGUCUCACUCAUCAACGGAGCUCAGCCACUGUCACUUGGUCUGCUCGGCUCCCGUCGGCCGACCAAAACCCUAGUCCCUGCACUCCGUCGUCUUCAGCUACCUCUCUCCCCGUCUUUCAUUUGCAGAACUUGAGACGCUAGAAAAUGAGCUUCGCGGCGUACAAGAUUAUGCACUGGCCAACGGGCAUCGAGAAUUGUGCCUCCGGCUACAUCACCCACUCUGCCGCUGACUUCAAGCCCCAAGUACCUCUCCUUCCCUCCGAAGACCUUGAUUCCGAGAUCCCUGCUCGUAGAGGCAUUGCCCCUGUCCCCAACCUUAUUGUCACGGCCGGCAACGUUCUUGAAAUCUAUGUAGUUCGGGUUCAAGAGGAGGCCUCCGCCAAGGAUUCUGCAGGCGGUGGCGAGGUCCGCCGGGGGGGCAUCAUUGAUGGGGUCUCUGGCGUUUCCCUUGAGCUUGUUUGCCACUACAGGUUGCAUGGUAACGUGGAAAGUAUGGCUGUGUUGUCAUCAGGAGGUGGAAAUGGCUCCAGGAUUAGAGAUUCUCUUGUCUUAGCCUUUCAGGAUGCUAAAAUUUCCAUUUUGGAGUUUGAUGAUUCUAUACAUGGACUUCGUACUACCUCUAUGCACUGCUUUGAGGGUCCCAAAUGGUUUCAUCUAAAACGUGGUCGAGAGUCUUUUGCCAGAGGUCCAUUGGUGAAGGUCGAUCCGCAAGGCAGGUGCGGCGGCCUUCUUGUUUAUGGUUUGCAAAUGAUAAUACUUAAGGCUGCUCAGGCUGGUUCUGGGCUGGUUGGGGAUGAAGACACUUUUGGCUCUGGAGGUGCAGUUUCAACUCAUGUAGAAUCAUCCUACAUAAUCAGUCUGCGAGAUUUGGACAUGAAGCAUGUAAAAGAUUUUAUAUUCUUACACGGCUAUAUUGAGCCUGUCAUGGUAAUUCUUCAUGAACGGGAGCUCACUUGGGCUGGACGUGUUUCAUGGAAGCACCAUACCUGUAUGAUAUCUGCUCUAAGUAUUAGCACAACUUUAAAGCAGCACCCGCUCAUAUGGUCAGCCACUAACCUACCACAUGAUGCUUACAAGCUUCUUGCAGUUCUGUCACCAAUUGGUGGCGUUCUUGUGAUAUGUGCAAACACUAUUCAUUACCAUAGUCAGUCAGCCUCCUGCAUACUGGCCGUGAAUAAUUAUGCUGUUUCCAGUGAUAGCAGCCAGGAGAUACCAAAAUCAAGCUUCAAUGUGGAGCUUGAUGCUGCUAAUGCCACUUGGUUAUCAAAAGAUGUUGCCAUGCUGUCAACAAAAACUGGGGAACUACUGCUGCUGACUCUUGUUUAUGAUGGACGUAUCGUGCAGAGGCUCGAACUUUCCAAGUCAAAGGCUUCGGUGCUUACUUCGGGGAUUACAACUCUUGGAAAUUCAUUGUUUUUCCUGGGCAGUCGGUUGGGAGAUAGCUUGCUUGUGCAGUACUCUUGUGGAUUUGGGGGCUCCAGAUCAUCAUCUGGUUUUAGGGAGGAGGUUGGAGAUAUUGAAGGUGAUGGCCCUUUACCAAAGAGGUUACGUGUGUCCUCUGCUGAUGCUUUACAAGAUAUGUCUAGUGGAGAGGAGCUUUCCAUACAUGGGUUGGCGCCAAGCAACACUGAAUCUGUGCAGAAACCCUUUUCAUUUGCAGUAAGGGAUUCGUUCAUUAAUGUGGGUCCUCUAAAAGACUUUGCAUAUGGUUUGCGGAUCAAUGCUGAUGCUAAUGCAACUGGAAUUGCCAAACAGAGUAACUACGAACUGGUAUGUUGCUCCGGUCAUGGAAAGAAUGGCGCCCUUUGUAUUCUCCGGCAGUCAAUUCGCCCAGAAAUGAUCACUGAGGUUGAGCUGCCUGGUUGCAAGGGCAUUUGGACUGUCUAUCACAAAAACAGUCGUGGUGUUGAUUCUUCCAAACUUGGUGCUGAUGAUGAUGAAUAUCAUGCAUAUUUGAUUAUUAGUUUGGAGAGCCGAACUAUGGUUCUUGAAACAGCUGAUCUUCUGACGGAAGUCACUGAGAGCGUGGACUAUUAUGUGCAAGGAAAAACGAUUGCUGCAGGAAAUUUGUUUGAAAGGCGCCGAGUUGUUCAGGUUCUUGAACAUGGAGUGCAAGUCCUUGAUGGAUCAUUUAUGACUCAAGAUCUAAGCUUAGUGGCACCAAGUGCUGAACCUGCUUCAGCUUCUGAUAGUCCUCUGGUGCUGUUUGCUUCUAUUGCUGACCCAUACGUAUUGCUGAGAAUGACGGAUGGGAGUAUUCGGCUUCUUGUGGGAGAUACUUCUGCAUGUACGGUUUCUGUAAUGACUCCAACUGCUUUUGAAAGAAAACCUGUGGCUGCCUGUACAUUAUAUCACGAUAAGGGACCCGAGCCUUGGCUGCGGAAGACAAGCACUGAUGCAUGGCUUGCUACUGGAGUUGGCGAGUCCAUCGAUGGUGCUGAUGGUGCUUCACCUGAUCAGGGUGAUGUAUACUGUGUUGUUUGCUAUGAAACUGGUGGUCUUGAAAUAUUUGAUGUGCCUAAUUUCAGUUGCCUGUUCUCGGUGGACAAGUUUAUGUCUGGAAAGUCACACCUUAUGGAUACUUUGAUUCGGGAACUUUCUGAUGGUGCUCAGAGAGGUAUGCCGCUAAGUUCUGAUGAGGUAGCAGGCCCUGGCAGGAAAGAAAGUGCAAAAGACGUGAAGAUUGUUGAGUUGGUCAUGCACAGGUGGUCGGGACAGUACAGUCGGCCUUUUCUUUUUGGGAUAUUGAAUGAUGGGACCAUUCUUUGUUAUCAUGCUUAUCUCUUUGAAGGUUUAGAAGGUAGUAACAAGAAUGAGGGUGAAGGUUUUCCUGAAAAUUCUGCUGAUGAAGCUGUUGAUAGUGGUUCUAGGCUUAGAAACUUGCGGUUUCUUCGGGUUCCCUUGGACGCUUACACGAGGGAUGAGAUGACUGAUGGAAACUCAUGCAAUAGAAUUACCAUUUUUAAGAAUAUUGGAGGUCAUCAAGGAUUUUUCCUCUCUGGUUCAAGACCAGCUUGGUUCAUGGUUUUCAGAGAAAGGCUCCGAAUUCAUCCACAGCUAUGUGACGGAUCAAUUGUGGCCUUUACUGUUCUUCACAAUGUAAAUUGCAAUCAUGGACUCAUAUAUGUUACCUCACAGGGCAUUCUAAAAAUUUGCCAGUUGCCAUCUGCCUCAAGUUAUGACAACUAUUGGCCUGUACAAAAGAUACCGCUGAAAGGAACUCCACAUCAAGUUACUUACUUUGCUGAGAAGAAUCUGUAUCCGAUCAUUGUUUCAGUACCUGUUCAUAGAUCAUUGAAUCAGGUCCUUUCAUCUCUGGUUGAUCAAGAAGUUGGUCAUCAGGUCGACAAUCCCAAUUUAGGCCCUGACGACUUGCAUCAGACCUACACUAUGGAUGAAUUCGAGGUCCGAAUUUUAGAGCCAGAGAAAUCUGGGGGCCCUUGGCUUACCAAGGCCACCAUCCCAAUGCAGAACUCUGAAAAUGCAUUAACUGUCCGAGUUGUCAUACUAUUCAACACAUCAACGAAAGAAAAUGAGACUCUUCUUGCAAUUGGGACUGCUUAUGUGCAAGGUGAGGAUGUUGCUGCGAGGGGACGUAUACUCUUGUUUUCAUUCGGGAAGAAUUCUGACAACUCUCAAGUUUCAGUGACAGAGGUUUACUCAAAAGAAUUGAAGGGUGCUAUAUCUGCUGUGGCCUCGCUACAAGGUCACCUGUUGAUAGCUUCUGGUCCCAAAAUUAUUUUACACGAGUGGACAGGCAUGGAGUUAAAUGGCGUCGCAUUUUUUGAUGUGCCACCUCUUUAUGUUGUCAGCUUGAAUGUUGUCAAGAAUUUUAUUCUACUUGGGGACAUUCAUAAGAGCAUUUACUUCCUCAGUUGGAAAGAACAAGGUGCUCAACUUAACUUGUUGGCCAAGGAUUUCAGCUGUCUUGAUUGUUUUGCUACAGAGUUUCUCAUAGAUGGAAGUACAUUGAGUCUCGUCGUCUCCGACGAGCAAAAGAAUAUGCAGGUAUUCUAUUAUGCUCCCAAGAUGUCUGAGAGUUGGAAGGGACAGAAGCUUCUCUCGAGGGCGGAAUUUCACGCUGGGGCCCAUGUGACCAAAUUCCUGAGAUUACAAAUGCUACCAACCUCAUCGGGUCAGAGCGGAGCCCCUCAUGUCUCUGACAAAACCAAUCGCUUUGCUUUACUUUUCGGUACAUUAGAUGGCAGUAUUGGGUGUGUUGCUCCACUGGAUGAACUUACCUUCCGUAGGCUCCAAUCGCUACAGCGUAAGCUUGUUGACGCUGUUCCUCAUGUUGCGGGCUUGAACCCCAGAUCCUUCCGUCAGUUCAAAUCUAAUGGUAGAGCACACCGCCCAGGCCCUGAUAGCAUAGUUGAUUGCGAGCUACUAUGCCAUUAUGAAAUGCUGCCGCUGGACGAACAAUUGGACAUUGCCCACCAGAUUGGAACGACCCGUGCACAGAUUCUCUCCAACCUGAAUGACCUCACACUCGGGACGAGCUUCCUGUGAGUGCUGAGUUGUGUGAAGCCUACACAUAAAAUGGCAGUAGUUCCCGAUGGCAGUAGUGGCUUGAUGAGUUGUAAGAUCUGAUGAAGUGUACUAUAAUGUAGAAUUUUGGAAUUGAAAUAUGCAUCAAAUGCUUUUAACAUAAUUUUUUUUUUAAAAAAACUUGUGUUUGGUGUGUGAAAUAUUGGGUUCGAUGUGAAAUAAGUUGGAUUGGACCGAUCACGUAGGUUCCCUUGUAAAGCUGUUAGGUAAUUGUCAAAUAUAACUAUGAA